CGAGCGCAAAAGUUCGACCUUCCCCGCCAGCCUAGGCGACACGAGGGCGCCGGCGGAGACGGGCAGCAAUGUGCGCGCGGCCAGUCGGCGCUGAGCUCUGCGCGCGCGGCGCUCCGAGGGAGCCUCGAGUCGACCCGGCGGGAGGGCUGAGGUCGGCGCAGACAUGGAGACCGCCAAGAGCAGGAGGAGCCCGACCCUGAAAGCUUCACAAGGAUGCAGCACUGAUCCAAAGGCAGCUGUUGAGCUGGAGGAGAUUUGUUGCUCCCAUUCAGAUCUUGCCAGAACUGCUGAGUUCAACAUAACAAUGUCUUUGGGUCACUUAGCCAAGGGAGCCAACCUAGAUGACCUUAUUGAUACUUGUAUUCAUUCUUUCGAUUCAGAAGGAAACCUGUUAAAAAACUACCAACUGCUGAAGGUAACACUGAGCAUGCACCGGCUUAUUAUCUCCUCCACUGAGAUGCUGCGAAAACUUAUUGAUCUAUAUCUGGAUGCUUUGGAGAAUAAUUCUUCUUUGAUUUGCUAUAAAAUAUGUUACCUUGUAAGGUAUUGGAUAAGAGAAUUCUGGGUCAUGUUCAAAACAGAUUCCAAUCUUACGAAUGCCAUGGAGGAAUUUCAAGAAUUGGUGAGAGUUAAUGGUGAGGAGUUGCACUGUCGCCUAAUUGACACAUCUCAAAUAAAUGCUCGAGAGUGGUCCAGAAAGAUCACACAGCGGAUAAAAUCUAACAGCAGUAAGAAACGAAAAGUGUCGCUACUCUUUGAUCACUUGGAACCAGAGGAGUUGUCAGACCACCUCACUUACCUUGAGUUCAAAUCCUUCCGACGGAUAUCACUUCCAGAUUAUCAGAACUACAUCAUGAAUGGCUGUGUGAAGGACAAUCCAACCAUGGAACGCUCAAUUGCUCUUUGUAACGGUAUCUCCCAGUGGGUGCAGCUAAUGGUACUCAAUAGGCCGACACCGCAGCUUCGAGCUGAAGUAUUCAUCAAAUUCAUUCAUGUGGCCCAGAAACUUCAUCAGUUGCAGAAUUUUAAUACAUUAAUGGCUGUGAUAGGUGGCCUUUGCCAUAGUUCCAUUUCUAGACUUAAAGAAACAAGUUCUCACGUUCCUCAUGAUAUUCAUAAGGUGUUUAAUGAAAUGACAGAACUGCUAUCAUCUUGUAGGAACUAUGAUAAUUAUCGACGUGCUUACAGCGAGUGCAGUAACUUUAAGAUCCCUAUCCUUGGAGUACAUCUGAAAGACUUGAUCUCCCUUUAUGAGGCCAUGCCAGAUUACUUGGAAGACAACAAAGUUAAUAUACAUAAAUUGUAUUCUUUGUAUAAUCAUGUCAAUGAACUGAUACAACUGCAAGAGAUAGGCCCUCCCCUGGAAGCUAACAAGGAUCUUGUUCAUCUCCUCACGCUGUCCCUUGAUCUUUACUACACGGAAGAUGAAAUCUAUGAACUUUCAUAUGCACGAGAGCCAAAAAGUCACCGGGCUGCGCCUUUGACGCCUUCUAAACCGCCAGUAGUAGCAGACUGGGCCUCUGGUGUAGCCCCAAAACCUGACCCAAAGAUCAUUAGCAAACACGUUCAGAGAAUGGUAGAUUCUGUUUUCAAAAAUUACGACCAUGAUCUGGAUGGGUACAUUUCUCAGGAAGAAUUUGAGAAGAUUGCGGCAAGCUUUCCUUUCUCGUUUUGUGUAAUGGACAAGGACAGGGAAGGUCUGAUUAGCAGGGAUGAAAUCACAGCUUACUUCAUGAGGGCCAGCUCAAUCUAUUCUAAACUAGGCCUUGGCUUUGCCCACAACUUCCAAGAGACCACUUACCUGAAGCCUACAUUUUGUGACAACUGCGCUGGAUUUCUCUGGGGAGUUAUUAAACAAGGAUAUAGAUGCAAAGAUUGUGGAAUGAACUGCCACAAGCAAUGCAAAGAUCUGGUUGUAUUUGAAUGCAAGAGAAGAGCCAAAGUCCCAGCAGUAGACAACAGCCCUGCUUCAGCCCUUGCAUCUAGUCUUUGUCCCAUGGGGCUCAAAGAGCACAUGCAUGGUCUGGAGGAGGGAGGAUUUCCAUUUCCUAACGGAGAAGUUGUGGAGCACAGUGAAGGGAGCAAAGACAGAACUAUUAUGCUUAUGGGGGUGUCUGCUCAAAAGAUCUCAGUGAGGCUAAAGCCAUCUGUGUUACACAAGAGUACACAAACUGACUUAGUGGUGGCACAUAGUGAUGGGCUCCCCAGGCAACCGAGAGAGCCAGGAACGCUACCUGAAAACACUCUUCUGCAGCCUACUCCGCUGUCGCCGUGUCCAAGCCCGGUUCUUAGCCGUAAAAAGGCGUAUGUGAAAUGGGAAAACAAGGACUGCAGUCAAAAAACAAAGCAGGAGCCCUGUGCUCUAAAACCCACAUACCAGGAAUUAGAGCAGGAGAGAAACAUCCUUACAACGGAGAAUGAAGCUUUAAAGCUACGACUUAAACAGGCACAUAAGAAAAUUGAAUUCCUCAGCAUUCGAAGAAACCACAUAUUGGACAGCAGGGAACAUGGAGACUGCUUGUAGCCAGGAGGACAGUAAAGGCAAUGAGACCAUUGAGAGUGAUGCAUUCAAACGUAUACAGAGCGGCAGGUUUUUAAACAGAGAUAUUCCUGUUCAGUCUUCCCUGUCCUGCCUGAUAUUAGUACUUGUGGGCAUAUGCAUGCCUUGUCAACAGGUUUCAAACAGUUUGCCCUUUGUUUGGCGGAAAUGACGACAUUUGGAAUUAUGGCAAGAGUUACUCUUGCUGCCUUCAUAACAAGGGGUGGAAUUCAGCGUAGCUCUCAGUGUGCAUGGCGAACAAGGUUCACACACACAACGGUCCCGAAAUCUGCUCAUGGACCACCAGCACAUACACCUCCCAAAACAGAUCUGCUUCAU